AAAGGGCUGUGGAUGUCACCCCUGUAGAUGUAGAUCCAUCUCAGCUGGUGACACUAAAGAUGGACGUUUACCCAACUACACCUGCUGUAACUGAUAGACAACCUACAACAGAGCCUUCAGUGACAACAGUGGUCAACGGUGAUGGUGGUGAUGUUGAGGAUGGAGCCAUGGCAGCUUUAAUUGGAGGAGUGGUGGGUUCACUCGUGCUGAUCCUGGUGUGUGUGGCGGUGGCUCUGAUGUGGGGAUUGUCCAAACAGAAGGGGUCAUACGUCACCAAUGAGAUGGAAAAUGAUGAGGAUUAUGAUGAUGAAGAGUCUGUGGGCUCUGACGCAGCCUUGCAGGCCAAACAGGAGUAGACCAGAACAUGUGUUUCGUUCCUUCAAUUGAAUACACUUAAAUUAAUGUGUGCCAUUAUUUUGCACAGUCUUUAUGAUCAGCUCUCAUAUUGACUCUUUGAUGACUUCUAUGCCUCCUGAAAGUGAUUCAACUCUAUUGGAUCACCUGAUCUUCUCCUUCUAGUUCAGCUUUUCCUCCAUACUUUCCUACCAACAGCCACUUCUUUCAAUGAAUAGUCUUAAAUAUUUAUUUUUGUAUAUUUUCAUAUG